GGAGGAGCCCUCCCUCCCCUGGCCGUUCUGUGCCGGCGAACAUCCUCUUGCAGCCCCGCUUGGAUUCGUGGGCGUUCCAAACCGGAUUUGGUGCUUUUCCAAGGAGCCUGUCAAACCUCUCUCUUACCUCAGUGCUGCCUUGCGUGCUUAACUUGUCAAAGUUCAUGAUGUGUUUUCCUUAUUCCUGUGCGCAUCUCCUUAUCUUGCUUGCUUUUUAAAGAGCGCCUCUUAUGCUUCUGCUGAUGAGGGAAAUGGAGUCUAACUACAGCACUUUUUUUCUGUUUCUCUUUCUUUUUUCCUAUUUUAAUCUCUUCUGAAAGUGGUAUGCAGAGUGCUGUCUUUAAAUAGUACCCACGCCCCAGCAUGCAAAUAUUUAUCUGUUUCGCUCCGUUAGUUUUCUCUCGCUUCCUCCUGUUAGUGCAGUUUUGCGUUUUGAAUGAAACACGACUGGGAGGAAGGGAGACUGUGCUGAUUGAUGGUUUUCUUUGUAACUUGUUUCUGCAAGAGUGUCCAAGGUAAGCACAGGAUUAGAUGGCCCAUUAAAACAACAUCCAGCCGAACGCACCAUCUGAAGACUUGUGGCCCAAUGAAGGGAGCCAUUCUGGAGUCAAAACUUUUCCCUUAGUGGUGACAUGCUAAAAAUCACUAAUAUGUGGAUAUGCUUAGGGAUAAUGUUAUUUUAAGUUAGAAAAAAUAAAAUCAUGUGCAAAGCCUGGAAGAUGUUAAAAACGUCUCGAAGCCCAUCUCAAUGAAUAAAUAUACUCGUUCUAGUAAAACUUUUAUGUAUAAAAAAAUGUAAGUAUUAAAUAUCACCUAUGAAAUUAUAAUGAAGUUUUUAAUAUCUUCCUUUCCUAUGUCUGGCUAAAAUCUGCAAGAACAAAACGAACAACUCCACACCAGGAAGGAGGGUGUGAAGAUGAAUCUUCCAUUGGAAGUGCACCAGCCUCUCUGGGUGGUACUUGCUGCUCCCACUGACCUUCAUGGUCACAUCUGGGGAUUUAGACACAGUAGACUGACUGUGUUUUCUUUGGAAUGCUUUCUUUGGGGAAUUGUUAAUUGUUAGUUUAAUGAAAAGCCUGCAAUAUUCCAUCAGGUCUCCUUGGGAUUGUUCAGGGUCAGUGAUUGAUUGUGUUGUAUUUUAAGGUAUACGUGGCUUGCCAGUCGAUGCUUAUUGUGCUCGUGGGAGCUGUGCCCAGGUACCACAUAGACCAGGAGGGAAUUCCAGCGAGCAGAGCUGAGCUUGCCAAGCACAUCCGUUUUGCCAGCAACUUCACAUCCAUCGUCACUGAGUGGUACCUAAUUGACCAAGAAGCCUACAAAGUAAGCCUUGCAUCGUCCCUGUUUUUUGCUGGACUGCUCAUUGGAAAUAUCACAUUUGGCCCUCUGUCAGAUAAACUGGGCAGGAAACCAGUGUAUAUCUCAGGUCUCUUUUUUGAUGUCAUUUUUGGACUCCUCCCUGCAGGGCCAGCCUCCCGAUGGAUGGACAAGCUGGGCCAUUUCCUGCUGCUUGUUGCUCUAGGUUCACUAACUAAUGUGACAUUUGCAGUUGGCAUUGCUGUUUUUGCUUUGCUGGGUUACUGUAUCAGAGAGUGGCGCUACCUCGCCUUGGUGUCCAACACUCCAGGGGUCUUCUUCCUCCUCCUCUCUUUCAUGCUCCCAGAAUCUCCACGGUGGCUGUACUCCCAAGGGAAAACAGCAGAAGCUGAAGACGUGUUGCAAUAUAUUGCCCUUUGUAAUGGAAAAGAAAGAUUAAAUCUAAAAUUGAAACCCAGUGCAGGAACUCUGAGGAAGGAUGAAUUGGCACCUGGAAUCCUGAACUUGGUGAAACAGCCGGUCCUUCGGUGGCGAACCAUCCUUCUGAUGUACAUCUGGUAUGUCUGCAGCUUUGUGUACUAUGGACUAACUUUAAAUGCUGGUGAAUUAAGAGGAAAUCUCUAUUUAAACGUGGCUCUUUCUGGUCUUGUAGAAGUUCCAGCAUUUCCUCUCUGCAUGUUUUUCAUUGAGAAAUCCUGGUCUGGAAGACGUAAAACCAUGACGUGUUUUCUGACAUUUGCAGGGCUUGCCUGUGUGUUUACCAUGUUUUUACCAACAAAUGCUGGUCUCCUCCUGGGUCCCACUUUGUUAGCUCUGUGUGGAAAAAUGAUGGUCAGUGCUGCUUUCAACAUCCUGUAUAUUUAUACAUCUGAGCUGUACCCAACAGUGCUGAGAAAUGCUGGCUUGGGUGUCUGCUCCAUGUCUUGCAGAUUUGGGGGCAUUUUGGCUCCAUUUGUGCCAUCAAUGAAGUCUCUCAGUCCUUCUAUACCGUUCGUGGUGUUUGGAAUCACUGGACUAUCUGCAGGAUUCCUGACUCUCCUUCUGCCAGAAACACUAAAUAAUCCAAUUGCUGAGAGCAUCGACGACCUCCAGAGUCCCAGAUACCAAGUGCUUAAAAAUGAAGAGACAGAGCAAAGCAGUUAGAAGAAAACACUUGAGUUUGAGGCCUGUCUGGUGGAAAAUGAAGGCUCCAUUGAGAAGAUGCUGUAACAGCUGAAGGGCAAAGUGCUGCUCCCUGUGUCUGACAGGAAACAUUGCAGGACUCAUGUAUAAUGCUGUUUGUAGCAUGUUGAACAGCUCUGUGUGGAGGCACACUGAGAAGAUGGAAGGAGUUGAUCAAAGCUUGUGAGAACAGAGCUGACAAAUCUGUGCAUUAAUUUAAUGACUUAACAAAAGCCCACUUCAGAGGUUUGGACUUCUCUACAGCUUCUUGAAGUGAAGUAUUAAUUUAUUUUACAGGACGUAAUUGCCAGCUUCAGAUGAAGCUAUGAUGUUGUAAUUGAAGUGAUGUAUAAUUUAAAAUUUAGAUGGCCUUAUAUAUUCUGUCAAGCUGGAAAUGUGAAAGGGAGCAGCAUCCUGUAUAUGCCAAUUUUCUCUACAGGUUUUUUGCCUCUAGACUACAGUGUAUACCUCACAGUGUGAAGAGACCAAAGAUCUGUGUGGGUUGUUGGCCUUAUGUCUAGCAUAAGAAACCUGAGCAGGAGAUCUGAAAGGAGAAUGAAUGGAUUCUGUUGUGGGAGACAGCAAGUUUUUGUUGGAGAAGAUGCCUUAAAUGAAAAAUAAUACUAUAUUGGAAAAAUUGUCAGGACUUGAAGAGGUGCAUUUAAAGGAGAGGAUGAGUAAUCUUUUAGACAAAGGUUAUUAAGUUCUAGCUGUACAUGUGGAAUGAGAAAUUAUUGAGCAUGAGUUAUAUAUUGUAUAAUAUAUGUAGUAAUAUAUAAUCCCACAUAUUUCACAUAUCAGUUGGAAAUUCUUCCUGCAAGGGAACAGUGUUUGGUUAACAGUUAAUAUAUUUACAUUGGAAAAGAGGCAUCACAACUGUUAGAGAUUUUUUUUAUGGCAAACACAAUUUUGUUAUUAAAAAGACAAUUAUUUUAACAUCUGUAUUAUGAGUGCUGCUUUUUCCAGGAUGUUUACCCAGGCUUUUUUGAAGAAUACUUGUACUGUUUUGAUUUUGGCCCUUUAUCUAAUGUGUUGAUAGCAAAAGGUUACUGCUGGGCCACUGUGUUUUGA